CCUUUGACCGGUGCUGUCGCGAAUCAAAGAACGGGUUAACGUCACCGGAAGGAGACGGAGAUAACUUUGGGAAUUCAAAGCACACAAGUUCAGAAGCAAGAGUUGAUUUCGUGACAAUCUGCUGUGAUAGCUUCUGAACAACAGCUUCACACGCUAGAUGCAAAUCAGUGUCCAGUGUUGGUGGUGCAUUUGCAGAUAGGAUCGGGGAACCUUAUCGCCGGAAUACUUGAUCCACGUGCAUGUCCAACUCCUCAGGGGGGCAUUUGCUGGGAAUAGUGACACGUUUCGGAUUGGUGUCUGUGUGGAAUUUAGAUUGUGAAUUGUGAUAGCUUGUGGCACAACGUAUGCAAAUUCUAGUUUCAACAGCAGCAACAGCGUAAGGAAUAAACAUCCAAACCGCACCGAGAGUUGUGUGGCAAAAACAAGAAAAAACAAGUUGAAGCCACUCAGAUUGAAACGGUGCAGCUGGAGUUCUGAAAGUGCAAUCAACAACAGAGUUCAUCAUUGGCCAGAACGGAAAGUGGUCUACGGAUUGUCACACCGGCAAGCUGCCGGGUUUCCGCCCAAAAGAUAUCAUCCUUUCCGAAGUGGUACUCAGGGUGAAUACUAAUUCGAAAGUGGCCUCGUGAUAGUGCGAAGGUGUGGUAGGAAAAAAGUGGUUGUUUUUCAUUUAGUAAAACGUUGGAACGAGAGCGAAAUUGAAUUAAGGUGUGAUCCUGUUUCUGGCCAAGUGCUGUGCGGUUAUUUGGUUCUUAACAGACGUGCGUGCUUGUGGUUUGGUCUGCUGAUACUAGGCUCGAUAGUUUUUACAUCGUGACUCUCGGAGCAGCUAAUCAAGGUUCGGGUUGAGAAUCUUUUAUCUACUGCUGGCUCAUCUGCUAUCACAUGUGAUGAGAGAACGAUAACGACCUUACCCGUGACAGCCAAUUCGCCCUAAGUAGUCACGUGGGACUCAUUAAUAUUAAUCAUCGGCCGAGAUUGAACUUUUUCGUGCCCAAGAUGAGCAAUUUGAUGUAUACUCUUCAGUACUCGGACUACUUCAACAAAUCGUGGCGCAAUGAUACGACACCAAGCGAAGAGACCACCCUAGUGGCCGGUACCAGUGUGGGUCAGUUCAAUGAAACGUAUGAAAUUUAUGCCCCCAACUAUCCGUACGUUUCCUCCACCGAGGAGCAAAACUAUAUCGAACAGCUUAGCGAGCGGCUCAAGAAUGGCUCCAACCAUACGCUGUACGGAAUCGGCCACCCAGUUUACCCGGUGGGCGAAUGUAGCACCACCUAUUGGGCUGGACUGUACUUCGAAAUCACUAGCUACUUCCUGUAUGUGUUAAUAUUCGUGACGGCCGUCAUCGGCAACUCCAUCGUGCUGUUCAUCGUGCAGUCAAAUCCUCGGAUGCGCACCGUCACCAAUUACUUCAUCACCAAUUUGGCCGUCGGCGAUCUGCUCAUGACACUGUUCUGUGUCCCUUUCACGUUCAUUUCCUCGUUCGUCCUACAGUACUGGCCGUUCGGAUUGGUGAUGUGCCGGUUGGUCAACUACACGCAGGCCGUCUCCGUCCUGGUUAGCGCCUACACGCUGGUGGCCAUCAGUGGCGACCGGUACAUCGCCAUCAUGUGGCCGCUAAAGCCUCGGAUUACAAAAACAUGUUCCAAAGUUUUAAUAGGAAUCGUGUGGAUUAUAGCGUUGAUUACGGCGGCACCCAUCGCCAUCUUCUCGACGCUCAUUCGGCCAACCGAGUGGCACACGGUUUGCGAUCUACCAAUUUGCAAAGAAAUGUGGCCCUCGAAGGAGCAGGAAAGCUACUACACCACCACCCUGCUGAUGACGCAGUUCGUGAUACCCCUGCUGGUGCUGAUCUACACGUACACCCGGAUUGCCAUCGUGGUCUGGGGCAAGCGGCCACCAGGCGAGGCGGAAAACUCCCGAGACCAGCGGAUGGCUAAAUCGAAGCGCAAGAUGAUCAAAAUGAUGGUCACCGUAGUAAUCGUGUUCACCAUCUGCUGGCUGCCGUUCAACUUCCUAAUGGUCAUAGAUGUCGACACGUCCUGGGACCUGUUGCCGUACAUCUGGUUCGCAUUCCACUGGCUGGCGAUGUCGCACAGUUGCUACAACCCUAUCAUCUACUGCUACAUGAACGCCCGCUUCCGGUCCGGAUUUAUCCUGGUGCUGCACGGCGUUCCUGGGCUGCAGCAGUUGUGCUGCUGCAUCCGGCACAAACCGAACGCUCUGGCACGAAACGCCGGCUCCAGUGUGGCCCUCGCCGGUGAGAUGAAUGGAAUUUACCGUGACAGUGCACUACUGUCGAGAAAGGCUAGAGUGCGAGAAUCGAUGAAAUAUCGCAUCUGCAUCGAGUUAACACAUGCACCACAUACAUAAGCACCCGGCGGAAAACGGCUCUCAACGUGCAGCAGGUCCAAUCAACCGAAACUUCCCUGCUUCGGUGAUAUCAUCAUCAUCAUCAUCAUCAACAGCAGCUAAACUACGACUAAACGGGUGGCAGUGGAACGGUGGUAAACGGCCUAAACUCUGCACAGGAAAAACGGACUCCAGGGGGGAUGGGAAGGCACACUAGCAGCAACAGAAGCAGCAGCCUAUUCCUGCUCACCGUCGGUGAUCACUGACAUUGACCCAACGUUCCAGACGGAAACCUCUGAAUGCAGUAACCAUUCACUCGAAAAACGGAAUUUUGCUCAGCUCAGUAAACGCGCGCUGCUGUGCCGAGUUCAGGCGCCAGUCGAAACCUCCAAGCAGAUCCUUGCAAUUGUGAACAUAAUUAUACUUGAAACUAUUUUCAGAUGAACGAUAUUUUCGUCUAGGAGACAUUCCAUGCGAGCGUUAAUUUAAACAUUAAGCGACAAAUAAUAAACGAACGUAAAAUGGUUAACGAGAUAUAGUAAACCAUAGAGAAAAAAUUAGAUACAAUUUAACUCAAAAUUCACAGUGAAGAACAGAAAAACAGUUGCUAUUUGUAAAACAUGCAGUGAGCUCGAAUUCUCCUUUCUUAAUAAAUUUC